AUGGUCGUUAGAAACCCUGAGCCCCCGAAUGAUCGACGUUGUACCAAGCAGCGUAACGAAGAAACAGAUCCAGAAUACGUAGCAGAGUACGUCACCGGGAAUUCAGACUAUUACGACGAUGACCCUAGAGGAGCAGGACGAACAACGCUAUGGGAUAAAAAUUUCCUAGCCAUGGAAGCCCUUUGUAACGAGUUGAUGGAAGAAAUUAAACAAUUAAAGGCCAGACGAGGAGAAGGGAGACUAGAUGAAGAUGUGGACGAAGAUAUGGAAGACCCUAAUGACCCGCUGGUUCUCACGCUGCCAGUUUCAGGAUGGAACAUAAAGAAGAUAAUGAUAGAUGACGGAAGUUCGGUCAAUGUCCUAUUCUACGACACUUUCAAACGCAUGAAACUGAACGAUGAGCAGUUGCUGACCUCGUAUUACACCAUCUUUGGCUUCAAUGGGGCAGUGCCAAAGCCUUUAGGAGAUAUAAUUCUUGAAGUGAAAGUAUGUCCCAUGAAUGUUCAUACUAGAUUAAGUGUCGUCGAUGCACCGUCACCAUACAAUACUAUUAUAGGACGAAGAUGGAUGCAUCGACUCAAGGGGGUAGCAUCAACUUACCAUCAAUACUUCAGAUUUCCAACCCCAUACGGAGAAAUGGAAAUCAAAGCAGAUCAAGAGAUAUGCCCGGCAUCGACCCGAACAUUGUGCAACAUGAACUCUGCAUACAACCAGGCAGCACCCCCGUUCAGGCAACGUUUGCGUAAGGUGGAACCAGAGUAUCAUCAAGACGUGGAACGAGAACUCAAGAAACUAAAGGACGCAGGUUUUAUCAAGGAGGUCAAAUACCCAACGUGGAUCUCUAACAUGGUCAUCGUCCCCAAGAAGAAUGGCAGAGUUAGAAUAUGCAUUGAUUUUACGAACCUUAACAAGACAUGCCCGAAAGAUAUCUAUCCACUCCCUAGCAUCGAUCAACUGGUUGAUGACGUCGAAGGGCACGAAGAGCUAUCAUUUAUGGAUGGAUACGCAGGGUAUAACCAGAUAGCACUCGCCGAAGAGGACCAGCAAUACACAACUUUUUUCACUCCCCAUGGAUUGUACUGCUACGCUCGCAUGCCCUUCGGACUACGCAACGCAGGUGCUACUUACCAAAGGCGCGUCGAUGCAAUCUUCAAACCAUGGAUCGGACGAACUUUAGAAGCUUACGUCAAUGAUAUGUUGGUGAAAAGUAAGCUAUGA